UCAGUCGAGUAAAAAUCCUCUAACGCUUUCGUAUGAGUGGUACGAGUAAAAGAGAGUCAAUAGGAGCUAAAACAAUAAAUAAAUAAAUAAUAACAAUAAAAGAUUUGUGAUCUGUGCAAAAGAUAAGAGAGAAAGAGAGAGAGAAGUUGUGGUUGAGUGGAAGAGAAUGGGGCAAGGGGCCAUGGGGGUUGAAUAGGACAUGGGUAUGGGUAUGGGCAAGUGCCGGUGCCGGUGCCAGGGUGCUGAAGAAGGAUGAACGAGGGAGAUGGCGAAUGGGGGAAGGGAACGGGAGACGCAAACGCUGAAAUCAGCUCAACCGAUCGAUAGGAUAAAUGGAUGCGUGCGAUUGGUAGCCAGGGUUGAAAAUCGAUAUGAUGGAAAAGGUGAACGAGGGGGGCAACCCUACUCUCGACUGUAUUCUAUCCUGCAAAUACUAAGCCAUACCCAGCCGGCGGGUACGUACUACGUACACGGUUGAACCCCACACACCCGGAUAGGGAAUGGAGCAAAGACCGAAAUAUCGAUUUUUAGGUCCCUACCGAGGCGGUUCGAUGCUCAUAUCUGCCCCGUGUCCCGUCCGCUAAGCGCCUUUCAAAACACUCAGCGUCGACUCUACGCAAUUCACUAACGUAUUUCAAUGUUUUUGAUCAAUUUCGUCGUCUAACUCAUACACCAACAGCCACCUCAUCAUCGUUUACUCGUGAUUGGAUUUUGACAUUGUGACACUCGCUGAAUAUCCACGGAUCGCCAAUUAAAGGGAUAUUCCAAUAAUCGACGAGCUAUGUCGUCGUCAGAAAAAAUGGCGAUCGCUGCAUCGGAGAAUUAUCAACUGAAGUGGCACAGUUAUGGAGCUCAUCUUCACAGCUCUGUCGCAACACUUUUGCACUCCGAGUCAUUUGCCGAUGUUCUACUGGCUACAUCGUGUGGACGUCACGUUGCUGCUCAUCGCUUUGUCCUCGCCGCCUGCUCUUCCUAUCUCAGUCAUAUUUUUCAAACAUGCCAUUUUGGAGCCAAUACCAAUGCUCCAAUUAUUGUGGUUCUACCAACAGAAAUUGGCUAUCGAACCCUUAAAAUUCUCAUUCAAUACAUGUACAGCGGUGAAGCAACCGUUACCAAUGACCAAUUGGAGGGAGUUUUGAAAGCCGGUGAUAUUCUGCGGGUGCGUGGCUUAUGGCGAUCAAAUUCCACGAGUAAAAAGGAGAAUAUUCAGUCGAAUAAUCAAAAAGUUGAGAGGGACAAAAAGGAGCAGCAGUCGGCGUCAGGUCAGAUUCAGAAGAUAAAACUCGUUCAGCCAACUGCGUAUGAAAAGUCUGGUAAUGCGGCUGCUGCAACUGGUGAUGGUACGGCUCAAUCAUCAGCACCAACUUCCACAACCGCUAAAUCAACAACAGCUACAACAACCGCAACAACAACAACAAGCACGGUGCCAACGCAAACGCCUAUUCAAUCGUCGUCCACGGUUGAAAAGAAAAACACUCAAAAUGAUAAGUCGAGUGACGAGAACAAGACAAGGAAUGACACACCAGAGAGGAAAAAACUAGGUCUUAAUGAAGAGAGCAAGAGUAAUGAUCAGAAUAAGAAUAAGGAGAAUUUCGAGGGCAAUGCCAAAAAGCGGCGGAGUAACAAUAGCAAUAGUGAAGCGGAGUCCAACAAGUCGAGUCGAAGUGAUGGAGAAAAUGCUGAAUUGAAUUUGGAAUUAUUAGUGAAAGAUGAGCCAAUUGAUUGGGAAGAAUCGAUGGAUCCAUCUGAAUCCUUGACAAUAGAUCAUGAAAUUGACAUCAAACCGGAAAUCGUACACAGUGGUGAUGAAGAUGGAGAUAUGGAGGAAGAGGAAUACACUCCUUUGACCUGUGACAUGUGCAGUCAAACAUUCAAUCGUCCCUCAGAUUGGGUGAGACACAUUGAAUUCACCCACGCCGAUAUGACAGAAAAUCGGAGGAAAAAAAGAAAGGGAGAUGAUGAUGAUGGUAAAGAUUUUCCACCCUUAAAAUGUGAUCUGUGUGGCAAUAUGUACCCAACACCACAGGAAUGGGUUCGUCACAUUCAAACUGAACAUACAGAGGAGCAAUUGGCUCUUAUGAACAACUCAGCCCCUCCAAAACCUAAGCGUAUCCAUAAUCAUCAGAAGCUCUGCAACAUAUGCCAAAAGGUAUUUCCAAGUCAUGCAUCGAUGGUCAUUCAUCAGCGAACGCAUACCGGUGAAAAGCCAUUUCUUUGUUCAUACUGUAAAAAAGGAUUCAAUGUUAAGAGUAAUCUACUGAGGCAUCUGAGAACGCUGCACGAUAAAUUUGUGCAUCCAAGUCUGUACGGCAGUAAUGGGAGUAAAAAUACCUAGGCGGAAUUGGGCGAUUCCGCCUCCUCGGAUUGAAAUAACAAAACACACGUGAAAUUCCAACAAUCCAUUUAAACAUUAAUUAAACAAAAUAUGAGAAAUGCUCAAUAGCAUGGCAGUGAUUGAAUUUAAAAAAUAACAAAAUACAAUAUAUGAUGGGGAGACAUUUUAAAAUAUUGCCUUGACACAUGGCAACUUUAAUUUACCAGUGGUUUUCUUUCUCUUUGAAGAUCAUUAUUUUGUCUUUCACAAUAUACAUUUCCAUCGAUCGAAUGUAACCAGAUUAACCACAGUUGAUUACUCAUUUAUUUGGUAAUUUUUUAAUUCAGUAUCCAAUUUAUCGAGUGGAGUAAAUUACCGUCUAUAUUCAUGAGAAAUGUCGAAUUAGUGGUAAUAUAAUUAUACUAUUCAGUUUGAAUUUUUCCUUUAUCCUGGUUACAUGGAUAAUAAAAAAUAAUUGAAUCACGAAUUUUCCACACCAAAGAGGCUGAUCAUUAUUGCCAAAAUAGAGGGAGAAGCAACUUUGACUUGUGAAUUUGAAAUGUGGAAAACAAUCUCUUUAAUUAUUACAUCAAAUUAUCUUAAGAACCUACUUAUUGAAUUUACCAAAGAUUUAAGUGAUCCAUAAUUAGUCUGGAUAGAACAAGUACCUCGAGAGUGUAUGGAUACAAGUGUAAGUGAGGUAAUGAUGAUAAAACCAGAAAGACAGGAACGAUGAAUGACUCAAAUGGAGUAUAAAGGGCGUUUUUUUGCAAAUAAUGCAAAUUGUAAUAUAUGAUUAAGUAUUUUUUCUCCUACCCUAACUUUAAAACAUAUUAUUCUCCAUUCAGAAACGAAUGAAAAAGAAAUUAAAAGUAGAGAUUAAUCGAAGAAAAUUAUUCUUAAGAUUCUCAUCACAAUUAUAAAGUACUUCAAGGCUAUUCAAUCGCCCCCUCCCCCCUCCCCCCCUCCAGUUCGUAAGUUAAUUAUGUAUUUUUAUAUUAAAGUAGCCUAUAUAAAGUAUGAAAUAGGGUUGAAGGUUUGAGGUGAAAUUGAGAGUGGAGAGUAUCUUGAAAUUUUGUGUAGGCCGAUUUCCAUGGAGGAUCGAGACAGGAAACAGUACAUCUGAGAAAUUUAAAUAACUCUUUCUUUAAUGAAAAUUGUAUUAUAUUCUUAUGUAUUUCAAAAAAAAAGAGAAGAUGGACAUUUUACAGUAAAUGAUCCUAUGAAAAAACUAGAGUCGCAGUUGACAGAGCGGUGAGCAUUUUUACUCAUAACUUUGAGAUGAAAAAUGUUCAACAUGAAUAUACAACUUUUUUGUUCAGCAAAUUAUGAAACGAAUUGACCAACUACACAAUAUUGUAGCGUCAAUUGACUUUAUGUUAGUACUGCGACGAGCCAAACUUAACUUUUAAAUGUAAAAUUUGAAUAAUAUAUUAUAUUGGAAAAAUACUCAUUUUUAUGUUAUGAAAAA